AUGCCUACCACCUCGCCAUUGAGCAUCGCCGGUUGCUACACUACUAUGGAAGGUCGCCAUUGCGACGCUGCUGCCGGAGAACCGCCGAGGGUCGAUGAAGACGGUGAGCCAUCGUUUGUAAAGGUGGGCUUUACUGAGCUUUAUUGCCAUCGUUUUAUGCCGCCACUUCAUCUCCUUUUCUUUGUCGUCGAGCUAUCGCCGCCAUGCUUUAUGAGCAGCGGGUGCAGCUGUGGAUGGCGCUUCUCUCCGACUGUCGUGAGCAACGUGGGGGUGGUUGUGAUUGGGUGUGUUCCCCUUGCUCGACUUUGUUAG